GGAAGACUGAGGAGUCAACAAAUUGGACUUUUGCCCGCCACAUAUCCAAAAGCAAUAAUUGAUCUGAUACAGUUUAUUUAUUGCUAUAUUGGAAUUGAAAACACGCCAACAAAGAAAAUGACGCCAAUGAAUCUGAUAUAUAGCUCUGGGAUUUUCUUCAGUUUCUCCUAUGAACUGUUCUUCCUUCCAAAUAAAACGUGCGCACGUAACGAACUAUUAGACUGCUUAGAUCACCAAGCAACCACUCACUCUACCCUUCUGGUCAUUCCUCAAAAGCCUUUGAGGACUUCAAUUAGGAGAGAAGUAUUGAUCUUCAACAUGGUACACGCAUAUCCUUCUACCAAUGUUGUUUCAUGGCUUUCCCCUAAUUUCUUCCACUUGCAUGCUUCUUAUGGGAUUACUUUGGUGCCCAGACUGUGAUUCUAUACAAAUAACUCAGACAGAGAAGGGAAAGGCUGGGGCAAAAUGGUGCUGCUCAGUCCAUCUAUCAAAAGGUUCCUCUUAAAGGUUCCUCUUAAUCGUUUGACCACCCAUCUAGGGAUCUUCUCACCAGCAGACAGCAAAGGUUCAUCUUCCUUCAUCGUAACCUAUGAAGUAUAAAAAGGCCACCAUGCAACAUCUCCACAUGUCUAUAAUCAUCCUUUUAUUGCUUGCCUUCCUUUUCCCCCUCGAUGCUGUUGCCGGGCUCUCUGCUGUGGCUCCUCCAAUCUCUUGGAAAGUUUCAAAUAAGGCAGAUAGCAAAUGGAUCACAGCAAACGGAUCUUUUAUCGAUCCUGUUCUUGACAAUAGCAUCAUGUCAUACACAACUUAUUUUGGCUUCUACAGCAUAGAUGGUAAAUCAUUCAUUCUCUCAAUUGUGAUUUCUGGACCACAAGCUCCAGUGAUCUGGUCUGCCAACCCUGAGAAUCCUGUAAACAGUGGCGCCAUCUUAAACUUCACCAGAGAAGGGAACUUGAUCCUCCACAAUGGCGAUGGUACCACGGUGUGGUCCACGGCCACAAAGAGUAAGUCAGUUGCUGGUAUGGUCCUUGAUGUGUAUGGGAACCUUGUGCUCUUCGAUAAGGAUAACAUCUCUGUCUGGCAAUCGUUUGACCACCCAACUGAUACCUUGGUACUCGGGCAGUCACUUUGCAGGGGAAUGAACCUCAGUAUCAGAACCUCAAACACAAAAUGGCCAUCUGCCAGGGUUUAUUUUUCUGCAGAGUGGAAUGGGUUGCAGUACUCUUUCAAACCAGCAGCCUUUACAAAGCUUUUUGAAACCAGUACAAUAGCAUCAACUUGUUGUGCAUUUGCCAAUGGUAGCUUCGGGUUUCCAGAUAAUAUAUUCUUCCUACCCUCUGCAAGGUCAUUACAAUUCAUGAGAUUGGAGUCUGAUGGGCAUUUAAGGCUGUAUGAAAUGCAAGGAACCCUCCAAGACCCCCUAAUGCUAUUCGAUGUAUUAAGCACAGAAAUGAAGUUUUGUGAUUAUCCAAUGGCAUGCGGGGAUUAUGGCGUUUGCAGUAAGGGGCAAUGUUCCUGUCCUAAUUUGAAUGAUUUUAGGUUCCAAAAUGAACGACUGCCAAGUGCUGGAUGCAUACCCUUAAGAAGCCCCUCCUGCGACCAUGUGCAAGACAACAACAAUAGGCUAAUACUACUCAACAAUGUUUUAUACUUCAGUAACAACACGUUCUUGUCCUUUGCCACUUCAACUUCUGAAGAUGUGUGCAAACAGUCUUGCUUAAUUGAUUGCUCUUGCAAAGUAGUUCUUUUCCGAACUAAUAAUAAUUUCAGUGAUUCCCCUUCAACAAACAACAAUGUUAGUGAUAGUGGUUACUGCUUGUUGUUAUCAGAGCAAAUGGUAAUUUUGUUUGCAGAGGAUUCAUCAAAUCAUUUUUCAGCAUUUCUCAAGAUAGAAGGCAAUCGGUCAGAUAAAAGGAGGAUCAGUAUUGUUGUGGGCUCAAUUGCGGGAUUUUGUCUAAUAUCUAUCUUAGUUUGUGCAAUGGUAUGGAAAAACUGCAAGAAAGACAAGGAACCACUCUUUGAUGGCAUACCCGGGAUACCAAAACGUUUCUCCUUUGAUGAGUUAAAAGUUGCUACUGGCCACUUCUCUAUAAAGCUUGGUGCUGGUGGCUUUGGGUCUGUAUUCAAAGGUAAGAUAGGAAAGGAAACUAUCGCAGUCAAACGCUUAGAGGGUGUCGAGCAAGGAAUGGAAGAGUUCUUAGCAGAGGUGAAAACAAUUGGUCGAAUCCAUCACUUCAAUCUCGUAAGGUUGGUGGGCUUCUGUGCUGAAAAAUCACAUAGGCUUCUUGUCUAUGAGUACUUGUCCAAUGGCUCUCUGGACAAAUGGAUCUUUCACAAAAGUCCAGUCUUCACUCUUUCUUGGAAAACUAGACGCCAUAUCAUUUUGGCUAUUGCUAGGGGUUUGUCUUAUCUCCAUGAGGAAUGUGAGGAGAAGAUUGCCCAUUUGGACAUCAAGCCACAGAACAUUCUUUUGGAUGAUAGAUUCAAUGCAAAGGUCUCAGACUUUGGACUUUCAAAAAUGAUAAACAGGGACCAGAGCAAAGUCAUGACUCGAAUGCGUGGAACACGUGGAUACCUAGCACCCGAAUGGCUGGGCUCAAAAAUCACAGAGAAGGCUGACAUUUACAGCUUUGGGAUUGUGAUGAUAGAAAUAAUUUGUGGCCGAGAAAAUUUGGAUGAAUCACAGCCUGAUGAGAGCAUCCAUUUGAUAAGCCUGCUUCAAGAGAAAGCAAGGUCUGGUCAGUUGUCUGAUUUGGUGGAUAGUAGCAGCAAUGACAUGAAAUUCCAUUUGGAGGAGGUCGUGGAAGCAAUGAAGCUUGCAAUGUGGUGCUUGCAGGUUGAUAGCAGCAGAAGGCCCUUGCUGUCAACAGUGGCCAAGGUGUUGGAAGGAGUGAUGAGCAUGGAGACCACACCUGACUGCACUUUUGUCCCUAGUUUUGCAUCAAACAAAACCAAUGUGGAGGGAUCAACUUCUUCCUAUGUGACAUCUGAGUCCCAUUUAUCUGGGCCUAGGUGA